GACGGCUGACAGAUAUACUUUGUUGGUUGUGUCAAGAAAUAUAUAUACAUAUACACAUUAUUGUUAUUGAAAGAAAACAAGUCUUUUAUUUUGGGUUAAGUUUUGAGUUUAGUGCAUAAAGAUUUUUCGAAUUAUUUCAUAAAUGUUACGAUUACUUAGAUUAAAUAUUCAGCAGAUUGUGAUUAAAUCUAAUCCAAUACUAACUGUCCUGCCAAAUAAUAAUGUAAAUUUUUGUAGUGAUGCUAAUGAAGGAGCUUCCAUAGAAGAAUCGGAAGUUUUAAAAGUUAAAAAUGAAAAGGAUAUAAAGGCUGAUAGGACAAAAUUAAUACCCGUUGAACAAAGUAUAAGAUACCUAAAAAGUGCGGCUUAUCAAGAAACUUAUGGUACUUCAAAUGUUUGGGAACAAUAUAGACGAAAUCAUAAGGGUAUGUAUGCGCCUAGGAAAACUAGAAAGAUGUGUAUACGGGGCGGAAAGAUUUCAACUGGAAACCCUUGUCCUAUUUGCCGCGACGAAUACCUUGUUCUGGAUCACCGUAAUGUAGAUUUAUUAAAACAGUUUAUAUCAGAGCACACCGGUGAGGUUUUAAGUUACACAAAAACUGGUUUAUGCCAAAGAAGACAUUUAGAAUUGUUGGUUGCUGUAGAAAAAGCUAUGGAUUAUGGAUUUUUGACUUUUGACGUUCCAUUUAGAGAAUAUGACUACACAGAAUAUUACAAAUCUUAACAUUUAUAUAUGUAGAAAAUAUUAGUUGGAAAAACCAAAAUAAAAGCAAAUAAAUUAAAUAAAUCUUAAAUAAAGGUUUU